AUGUUCUACACUCAAGUGCUUAUGAGUAAGCGGGGACCAUUGGCCAAAAUAUGGCUUGCAGCUCACUGGGAGAAGAAACUCACAAAAGCUCAUGUAUUUGAGUGUAAUCUAGAGAUAACCAUUGAAAAAAUUCUGUCACCUAAGGUGAAAAUUGCACUUCGAACUUCAGGACAUCUGCUUUUGGGAGUUGUUCGAAUAUAUAAUAGGAAGGCAAAGUACCUUCUGGCAGAUUGCAAUGAAGCAUUUCUUAAAAUGAAGAUGACAUUUCGUCCAGGACUAGUUGACCUUCCAAAAGAGAAUUUUGAAGCAGCUUACAAUACGAUCACAUUGCCAGAAGAAUUUCAUGAUUUUGAUAACCAAAAUAUGAAUACUACAGAAGUUUCAGAACACUUCACUCUGAACCAAAGUAAACCUGAAGAUAUCACACUUCGGGAAGAUUAUAGUAAUGAUCUACUUUUCCAAGCUGGAAGCUUUGGGGAGGAAUCUGAAAUUCUCAGAAGACAUAGUUUUUUUGAUGACAACAUCUUGCUGAAUUCCAGUGGUCCUUUACUUGAACAGAGUUCUGAAAGUGUCAUUGGAGAAAAUGUUCUGUUCUGUGACAGUAGAGAUGGAUUUGGAGAUGAAGGAGCUGCAGGAGAAAUGAUUGAUAAUCUUUUGCAAGAUGAUGAGAAUCUUUUUUUAGAAGAUGCAGAUUUGAACAGAGAAAUUUUCCUGCCUCCUAAGCCUUUACAAACAACAGUGGUAGAAACAGAGCCAGAGAUCAUAUGUCUACUUGAAAAUGAAGAAAUAAAUGCCAUCACACUAUCAAAUGAAGAGGAAGGAUUUACCCUUGAACCAAUUGAUAUUUCAGACAUUGCUGAGAAAAAGAAAAGUAAAAAGAGGAAGUUGCUCAUAGAUCCAGUGAAGGAGAUCAGUAGCAAAACUAUGCAUAAACAACUUAAUUCCUUUACGGACACUCUCAUGGUUUUGGAACUUGCACCUCCCACUGAAAGACUGAUGAUGUGGAAGAAGAAAGGAGGAGUAGAGACUCUUCUGUCAACUGCUGCGCAGGAUUUGACUCAUGCUGAACUGAAAAUGUUGUUUACAAAAUUUUUUCUGUCCUGUGACUUUAAAUUUACAAGAAGUUUGAUACAGAAGGAAUCAGUAAGGGAAGAAACAGGAAAUAAAACCACAAAAGAGACCUCCAUGACAGAAGAGCCCCGUUACCAACAAGAGUCCAGUCAAAACGAAGCUUGGAAGGAAGCGAUUGAUGGAUCUAUUGGUGGUUCUUAUGAGGAUACAAGUAGAAAUAAUAACUCUGAGGAGCUGUUGGAAAAUGAGCAAAACAUUAUGGAAGAGAGAUGGAAUCGAAGAAUACUUUAUAUGCUAAAUAAAUUGCGGGAAGCCAACAAGAUGGGAAAUGAAUACUUUAGUCUAUUACAUCUCUGUAAAAAUGGUGACCGAAAACAAGCAGCAGCCAAAUUUUAUAGCUUCCUUGCCCUUAAAAAACAGAAGGCUAUUGAACUGAGCCAGAGUGCUCCCUACGAAGAUAUCAUAGCUACAGUGGGACCAAUGUUCCAUGAAAUGUGA